CUGUCGGUGCCUUGGGUAGUUCAGGUCUGCUGGCUCUAGGCGCAUGUACUUGUGUGAUGUAUUGAUGGUUUGCGCAAUAUAUUGAAGAAGACUACAGACCUCCACAAAUAUUACGCACGUCCAAUAUUUGUACAUUAUUACUGCGCGAUACUCGUCAGUUCCUUCGGAGGUCGUAAUUUUCGAACUUGGAAACAACGGAAACGAACACGAAUAUGAAUAAAUCGGGAAAGACAGAUGAAAGGAUUCAUCUGUUGAAAUGCAUUCAGGUUUAUAGAUCGCUUCCAGCAUUAUGGAAAGUGAAAUCCCAAGAAUAUAAGAACAAAGACAUUAAAAACGAGUCCUACAAUAUCCUGCUGAAAGUUUAUCAAGAAAGGUACCCAUCAGCUACGAAGGAGGAUUUAAAAAGGAAGUUUAAUUCGCUCCGAACAAAUUUUCGGAAGGAACUGAGAAAGGUAAAUGAUAGACAAUCAGUAGCUGGACUGGAAGAUACAUGCCGAAGCACCAUGUGGUACUUUGAAGAAAUGAAGUUUCUCAUUGAUCAGGAAUCGCCAGACACGUCGUUCUCUACAAUACCAGAUGAAAAUGGAGAAUACUGCAUCAUGACAGAUUCAGAAACGUCUGAAGCAGAGGUACUCAUGAAGAAUCCUCCAACGAAGAAAAGGCAGCCAGCACUGGCUACAAAUGAUUUGCUAGAACUUGCAUGCAAGCGACUGCGGGAACGAGUGUCUGAUGAGGACCACAUCGGCAUAACGUGGGCUCGUGAACUCCAGAAAAUGGACCCAAUGCAGCAAACCUUUGCAAAGAAGUUCAUCAGUGACAUUUUAUUUGAAGGACUAAUGGGCACACUGCACAGAAACUCUGUGGUUAUAAAUGGCCCAGCAACAUAUUCUGCAAAUAAGUCUCCAAUCACAAAUGUGUCAAGUGCCUCAACUGCCUCAAGCAGUUCUCACACUCUACAAUAAGGCACCACUCUACAUUUUGCAAAUGUGGCUGCGUUUUCCUAAUGCCAUUUGGUAUUUGUAUAUUAUUUGUGUACAAUUUUAUCAUUUUAAUGAUGUAAUUAUAAAGUAAUUGCAGUAAACUUCAAUGUAAUGUAUAUAACACACAAGUAAAAUCGUUAUUUGACUGUUCCCACAGAAACAACUUUUGUGCUUUUGUGGCAUAGUGUACUUUCCCUCUGGGGUUCAGAACUUUGCUGUUGUGUGCACAUCACUUACUUUGACUUUUUUUCCUGACAGGUGUUAACAGCUUCCCAGGUUUCUAUUACAAUACAGCUGAUAGUAGUGCAUGUGUUGAAUGUUCAAAAUUUGCAGUCUUCAAAAGUGUUUCCAAUUGUCAGGUAAUGUAGUUUAAUGAAUAAAUCUUUCCUGUAGGCUGAUCACUGUCACCACAGUAUCCGUUUUCUGUGUACAUAAGGCAUAAUGAGAUUCACCAGUUCAUUGAAAGAUUCCUUGUUCACCCUUAACAGAAUAACCAAUAACCAUCUGGCUCUAGUGCAAGUAUCUCUUAGAAUGUUAGUAUGGCCAUGUGUAGAACACCUUCUAAGCCACUAUUCCACCCAUCUCCACUUCCUUUCGUUUAUCUUUUUGUGGCAUGUACCAAUUACAAUUGCGAUACAUGCGAGA